AUGCUCCUUGCUGCGCCGCCUCUGAUCCCAGAAAAUGUUGCGCUGCCCCUGGAGCAGGUCAAUACGAUGAAGGAUGUACAGCUGCUGCUUGGAAUCUUGCCCAAGAUUCUAGCCAAUGCGGUGCCCGAUGAUCACUGGUCCAUUAGAGCCAGCAUGCGUACUACGACUGCAAUGUACAUUGCAGUUCUACCCAGCCGCGCUGGUGAAAAUGUCGCCCUGGACGCGGCUAUCCAAUGUCUCGCUGGUACCGCUCGUUCGUACUACACCAAAGCGAUUUUACUCCGGUCGAAUGAGAGAGAGGCAUUAGAGGAUCCCCGUGUGAUGCUGAGACACCAUAGUAACUCGUUGAAUUGCCUGCGUCAGGCAAUACACGACCCAGUCCAGGCUGUAGCUGUUGAGACGUUGUGCGCCACGGCGCUUCUAUCUUGUUUUGAAUCCUUUUUCUCGGACGGUACAGAUGAAAAUCAGCUACACCACCAGAACGGUAUUGAGGAGCUCAUGAAACAUCGUCAAACUCACCGGUUUACAACAUCAUUUGAUCUCGAUCUCGUGGAAGGUCAAGCUGGAUACAUUGUAAGAUCACAUUUUGACUCAAUCUUGAGAAAAGGAGAUCAGAAGAACAACAAAACUGAUUAG